AUGAUUCUGUUUUGCCUCAUGGGCUCAAAACGCCACCUGGAAGGAGCUCCGACCGCGGUUUAUCACGUCUUCCCUCCUAUCCAGCAACGAUUCCCAAACCUGUCGGGAGUGAUAUUCCUGUGGGAUAGUGCCGUAUGAUACACAGUAGAAGAUGGCGGAAAGAGAUGCGAUCACUCAGUCCCACUUCCCCCUUGAUCUCCAUCCUCUAGAUUAUUCAAUCUGGGUUUGCAGUAGGUGGGUUAACUCAUGAAAUGUCAACCGAAAUUUCGAAACGCGUUCUCGCUUCGAAAUGAUUUAUUAAAUAGGGUUGUAAAACCAAUCACCAAUUCCUAAUAUUUUAGUUACCCCAGGAUGCGGGUUUUCGAAUGAACUUAUUUCCGACUGAAUGCAAGAACUAUACUCUGCAAAAAAUGUCCACUUAAGUGGCAGGUAAUUUUCUCAUUGAUGCCCUAUGCCCUUAAGAGUUCAAUUAUAUUGCAUGAAAAAAUGCAUAAAAAUAUUCACUCUUUUAUUUAUUCAGUAGAAAAUCACGUUUGCUUCCCAUUUUAUACUCGAAAGAAAAGUAUAACUCGAUUUUCAAAAACUUUUCUAAUUCACAAAUAAUUUUGAACCCGAUCUGCUGUUAAACUUGCAUUCAGGGUUUCAAAACUACAAGCGGUAUAUUUUCCGUGUACGGAAAACCAUAUAUUUCUCUACAGUAUUAAGAGGAGACCAUAUGGGGUUCAUGAAACUAAGCAGUGGAUUUGAGCGAUAUUGUAAACUUUACAAGCCAUAUUGGUAAAUGCAGUUACAUGAAAUUUUAUGAACGGUCAUUUCACGGUAUGAAAGAAUCUCACAAUUAGAAACUUUUUUGAAACCGAAUCAUACUACUCCUUUGAGUAAGAAAAUUGACAGAAGACGGUAUUUUCUAUGGAAUAAAUAAAAGAAUGAAUAGUUUUGUGUAGUUUUUCAUGAAAUAUAAUUUAACUCUAAAGGACAUAGAAAAUCAAUGAGAAAAUUGCAUGCCACUUAAGCAGUCAUUUUUUGCAGAGUAUAGUUGUUGCAUGCAGUCGGAAAUAAGUUCGUUCGAAAGAAGGCACCCCGAGGUAACUGGAUCAUUUUAGAAUUAUGCUGGACGGUGAUUAGUUUUACAACCUUACUUAAUUAAUCUUUUCGAAACGAGAACGCAUUUCGGAAUUUCGGUUGACAUUUCAUGACUUAGCCCGCCUUCUGUAUGUUCAGAUUUAGUCACGUGAGUCCCGGCACCCAAAUAGCGAGGUCAAAGUGAGAAACAGGGUGUCACAGCAGGCUAGGCUGAGAAAGAGACCGUGACAACCACAAACAUCUGGUCGAGUGCUGAAUGUAAAGAAAGGGCGGACGCCAGUGGGGAGGAUGAUAUAUUCCGUAUAGAAUAAUUGGAGGCUGUGACGCAUUCCCUCUGACAUUUGGGGCAACGCUCACUCGGCACCGGACGUGUCCGGGUCCGGCUUCCAACUGCUUCUCCAGUUAAUCUGUGCAGAAUAUAUUCUCCUCGCUAUUGGCGCCCGCCUUCUCUUUCCAUUCGGGACCGAGCCUGAAGGUCGUGGUAGCCAGGGUUUUACUCCCGACCUAGCCUGCAGCGAUAGAACAACUGGAGAAGGGGUCGGAGAGGGAGAGUUAGCAGCCCGAUGAGGGCACGUCCGACCCCGGGAGGGAGGCUUUCUAAGUGUCCGUCAGGGAAUGCGUCAAAAAGUCUUGAGCUAGGGCACUUCUGACUCGACCUUGAAUCUGAUUGGUUGGUUAGAAAGCCGAGUGGGCGAAUGCCAGACAGCCCUGGUGCGAACGUACAGACAUUCGCGUGGGGACCCAGCGUUGAGACAGACGCCUAGAGUAGGACCAGUACAGAUACAUUGGCUAAUUAGUUCUAAAUACACGUAUCUCCCACACUUUAUUUGAGCCCUUUCGGCAAGAUCCUAUUUUGUAGCCGUACCUGUUAGGGGUUAGGGUCAGGAGUUGGGGUUAGGCUGGAACUUGUCAACUGCAGGUACGGCCACGAAAUAAGAUCCGACCGCCUUUUCUUGCUAAGAUAGUCAUUUUCCUGUCGUACACGGCCCGUAACGCCCAAUUAGCUGCAAACAAGAGCACUCUGCUUCAAUAAUUUGACCUUCCAACCUAGUCUGGUUGUUGCAUGCCGGGCAGCCAUCUACGGACAUAAAGGUCAUAAAAGAAAAUCCUUUUCAAUCAUAAACAAAUCAUUUCUUUUUUAGAGAGACGGUCGAAGACAAUGCAGAGCUUAUGUUCGUUUCAUUUGUCAGAGAAGAUAUUUAAAUCACUUCCACUUCUUCUGACGUGGUAACAAACACCCACAGACCUCUUUAAUGCGCCCCAGAGAGUUUAUCAUGCCAAAAGGCAAGUCCACUGGCUUUCAUAUUGUUCCGGCUUCAGGCGAUGGAGGAGAAAAUAUAGACAAUGUACUUUGACUCAAAAAGAAGGCAAGGAAUCUGACUAGGCCAUUAUAAUAGGAGCUUCUGCCAACGUUUUCACAAGGCUUUUACUAGCGUGCUGCUGGUGAGCUUGCCAGUCAAUGUCGGACGUGGCUGCUUCGUCGCAGUUGAGACCUGAGGAAGUCUGUGUGGGCGAGUCAGACUGCGAUAACGCCUGCCGCUGCAAUAUCCGUCAGAACUACGUUGUGGCGGCAGUUGCAGAUUCACGUCGCGCCAAUUGCUACUCGAGUGGUUCAUCCCUCUUUUCUUGGUGUAUAAAGUCCUGGUCAAGCAUCUGUUGUGGGCCAGGGGUGCGGUGGUAGGUGCGGGUUUUCGCCACGCCAGUCGCCUGCGCCCUCCCCCGCCUUCGAUCCUCCUGACACUUCCUUUGUGGCAUUUCGCGUCUCCUUGACCUCCGCCUUUGCCACACCGCCUUCCUGUCCGUCUCACACUCCUUGUCGAGACGCUGCUGGGGAACGAGAGGCUUAUCACUAGCCUCGCGAGUGCUCCAGCCCAAUCAACGCUGUCCCCCCUCUGAUUGGCUGGCGGACGCGGAGACAACGAAAGGCGCACACACGCGCUGGGUCCCAGCACCUCGAAGGCGGACACAGACAACAACUAGCCUGGAGAGCGCGCUCGAGGCGGCUGCCUACAGAGCCUUUGUGUAUGCACUUCCUCAGGCAGCAAAAGUUGUCCAACUCAAACCGUCUUUCCUGACUUAUGAUUGGGAAUCUUGAAUAAGGAGACACGAUCGCUGGGACAAGAGCUUUAUUAGCCUGAUGUUUCGGAAUCUUGGUCUUGUCGAGCACACUACUUUCGACACCUUGACACCGGGCGCGGAUGGGAAAGGAGGAGAGAGUGCGGUAGGUGCUACGCGAGUCCACAGUCACCAUAAACUAACUUAUGCACCGAUCACCGUCCUUGCUCUCACGCUGCCGAUGGUUGACAUCGCCUACAACGACGGCCGAACUGUCAGGUAACAGGCUGCCAUAGCGGCUAUUGGCUGAAAGUCCAGUCACGUGUGUGUGUGCUCGGCGCGGGCCACAGCACCCUGAUUGGUCAGUCCGCGAAAGUUCGCGAUAAGGUGACUGUGAACUCAAUGACAGCAAGCGGGUGCGAGUGCUGGCACAUCAAAGCCUAUGUAAGUUUUGAAACAGCGACAAUAAUUGACCUAAUCGCACAGCUCUCCGCUGACGUUCUUUCUCUAGGCGGUCACUUUGCUUGAUUGACACUCCAAGCAUUCUCUGGCCGGUACGCGCUGGAUAACCCUAGUUAAAACAGUCGUCCGCGAUUCCCGUAGUCGCCACCUCUCUCCGUCUGUCUAUCCUUUGGCCCCGUCGACCAGACUAAUAGAGUUGCCUGGAUUUUGGGUUCGUUGAGUCGAGUUGACUAGCAUCGACGCAACGGUCUGUUCCAGCGGAAUGUCCGGCCUUACUGGGUUGUGUGCCCGAAAGUACAGUAGGUGGGCUAACUCAUGAAAUCUCAGAAGAAAUUCUUAAAUGCGUUUUCGUUUCGAAAAGAUUAAUUAAGUAGGGUUGUAAAACCAAUUAUGGUGUAGCAGAAUUCUAGAAUAAUUCAGUUACCUCAGGAUGCCAGCUUUCGAAUGAACCUCUAUUUGGCUGCGUGCAAAAACCGUACUCGGUAAAAAAUGACUACUUAUGUAGCAUUCAUUUUUCUCAUUGAUAUUCGAUGACCUUAAAUAUUCAAUAAUAUUCCAUGGAAAGCAUGCACAAGAAUAUUCAUUGCUUUGUUAAUUUGGUAGAAAACGAUCUCUUCUUCCAAUUUUAUACUCGAAGGAGCAGUAUGAUUCGGUUUUAGAAAAGUUUCUAAUUGUGAGAUUUUUCAAUAUCGUGAAAUGGUCGUCCGUAAAACGUCAUGUCUCUGCAUUUACCCAUGUGGCUUGUAAAGUUAACAAUAUGAAUCAAAUCCACUGCCUAAUUUUAUGAACCCUUUAUGGUCCCCCUUUAUUACCGUAGAGAAGUGUGUGGUUUUCCGUACGCGGAAAAUAUAUGGCUUGUAGUUUGGAAACCCUGGAUCCACAUGUGACGGUAGAGCGGGUUCAAAAAUAUUUGAGGAUUGGAAAAGUCUCUCAAAACCGAAUUGUACCCUUCCUUCGAACAUAAAGUUAGAAGAAGACGUAUUUAUCUACCAAAUAUGCAAAGGAAUGAAACGGCCGCUCGUAGGACGCUAUGUCUCUUCAUUUGCCAAUGUGACUUUUACAGUUAACAAUAUGGCUCAAAUCCACUGCUAAAUUUUAUAAACCCCAUAUGGUCUCCUCUUAAUACGGUGGAGAAAUGUAUGGUUUUUCGUACGCGGAAAUUAUAUGGCUCGUAGUUUGGAAACCCUGAAUCCAAGUGUAACGGUAGAGCGGGUUCAAAAUUAUUCGGGAAUUGGAAAAAUUUUCUAAAACCAAAUUAUAUUCCUACUUCGAGUAUAAAAUUGGAAGACGUAAUUUUCUAUUGAAUCAGCAAAAGAAUGAAUAUUUUUAUAUUUGUUUUCUAUGAAAUAUAUUAGAAUCUUUAAAGGCGUCGAAAAUCAAUUAAAAAUGCACGUUAAUUAAGUAGUCAUUUUUUACCGAGUAUGGUUUUUGCGCGCAGCCGUAAAGAGGUUCAUUCGAAAGCCGGUAACUGAAUUAUUAUAGAAUUAUGCCAUAUGGUGGUUAGUUUACAACCCUACUUAAUUAAUCUUUUCAAAACGAAAACGCAUUUCGAAAUUUCUGUUGAGAUUUCAUGAGUUAGUCUACUUAUUGUAUGACCAGGAGGGUAGGAGGACGUGUUAUAACACGGUUGCCCAGUUCCUAUCCAGAAAAAUCCCAGGGAGGUUUUCGGCGCUGAUGAUGGUGAUGACGACGAUGAUGGUGGGGGUGGCUGCGGCGGUGGUGGUGGGGGCGGCGGCGACGGCGACGGCGACGACGACGAUGAUGAUGAUGAUGAUGGUGAUGAUGAUGAUGAGGAUGGUGGUGGUGGUGAUGAUGAUGAUGAUGAUGAUGAUGCUGAUGAUGAUGAUGGCAUCCGCUUGACACUAGGCAGCACCAGUUUGCCAUACAAACGCACUCCUGCAGUAGGCAUUUUAUUGUCUCUGGUAGUGGGCCGUAGUAUGCACCAGAAGGAGCAGGCAAGUAAACACAACAGUCUAGAAGAUUUGCACGGUUUGACUCCCAGUCCUCGGGUAACUUCGAAAUAA